GGGGCUUGCCGCACCCGAGCAGCGCAGAGAUAAACCCGCUCCUACACUCACGCACCAGGGGAUAAAAACACUCCGACCUCGGUCCACUUCACCACCUUAAAGCGAGGGAGGUCAGUCCAGGAUGAACGGCGACUCAGGUGCCGGAGUGGUGACCGCUCCGCCUCCCACCACAGCCCCGCACAAAGAGCGCUACUUUGACCGGGUGGAUGAGAGCAGUCCGGAGUACCAGAGGGAGAGGAACAUGGCGCCGGACCUGAGACAGGACUUUAACAUGAUGGAGCAGAGGAAGCGGGUCUCCAUGAUACUACAGAGUCCGGCAUUUUGUGACGAGCUGGAGACGAUGAUCCAGGAUCAGCUGAAGAAGGGGAAGACGCCCACCAGCCUGCUGGCGCUGCAGCAGAUCGCAGACUUCAUGACCACCAGCACGCCGUCCAUUUAUCCCGCUGCUCCACAAGGAGGCAUGGCAGCACUCAACAUGAGUUUGGGGAUGGUGACUCCCGUCAACGAUCUGCGCGGCUCAGACUCCAUCUCUUAUGACAAGGGUGAAAAGCUGCUCCGCUGCAAGCUGGCCGCUUUUUAUCGACUUGCUGACUUGUUUGGCUGGUCGGAGCUCAUCUAUAACCACCUCACCGUCCGAGUGAACUCAGACCAGGAGCGCUUCCUUAUCGUCCCCUUCGGGCUCCUCUACAGUGAAGUCACCGCCUCCAGUCUGGUGAAGAUAAACUUCCAGGGUGAGAUCGUGGACAGAGGAAGCACCAACCUCGGGGUGAACCAGGCCGGCUUCACCCUCCACUCUGCCAUCUACGCCGCACGCCCCGAUGUCAAGUGUAUCAUACACAUACACACGGCGGCAGGCACUGCGGUGUCGGCCAUGAAAUGCGGACUGUUGCCCAUCUCGCCCGAAGCGCUGUCCCUGGGCGAGGUGGCCUAUCACGACUACCACGGUAUCCUGGUGGAUGAGGAGGAGAGCGUGCUCAUACAGCAGAACCUCGGGCCCAACAGCAAGGUGCUCAUCCUAAGGAACCAUGGGUUGGUGUCGGUAGGAGAAACUGUGGAAGAAGCUUUCUAUUACAUCCACAACCUGGUUACCGCCUGUGAGAUUCAGGUGCGAACACUGGCCAGCGCUGGAGGGCCGGACAAUCUGGUCCUGCUGGACCCGGCAAAGUACAAGUUACGCCCGCGGGUCCCCGAGCCAGCCGGCGACGGGUCCUCAGCACACCCUAAGUGGCUCAUCGGGGAGCAGGAGUUUGAGGCUCUCAUGAGAAUGCUCGACAACUUGGGCUACAGGACGGGCUAUCCUUACCGCUGCCCUGCACUGAGGGACAAAGGUAAAAAGUUCAGUGAUGCGGAGCUCGCUUCCUCCUCCCACGGUGGUUACUCAUACGGGGAGGACAGUGACUCCGGUGCUCGCUCCCCAAUGAAACAAAGCUUCCAGCGCGGCCAGCGUGACAAGACUCGCUGGCUCAAUGCCAGCGGCCGGCCCGAUGAGCCCUACGAGGACGGGCCCGACGGGUGCAGUCCCAAGUCGAAGCCUAAGGUGUGGACGAACAUAACACAUGAUCACGUCAAACCCUUGCUGCAGUCUCUCUCGUCCGGUGUCUGCGUGCCAAGCUGUAUAACCAACUGCUUGUGGACAAAGGAGGAAGGGCUUCGCCAGGCCGCUGUAGCAAAUCAGUUCAUCCCGAUGAACACCAACCCAAAGGAAGUCCUGGAAAUGAGGAAUAAGAUCCGGGAGCAAAACCUGCAGGACAUAACGACAGCGGGGCCCCAGUCUCAGGUCCUGUGUGUGGGAUCGGUGGUGGAGCGCACCUUUAACCAGGGCGAGCUGGUGACCGCGUCCAAGGCCAUCAUCGAGAAGGAGUACCAGCCCAAGGUGGUCGUCAGUAAGCAGGGUCCCAACCCCUUCAACAAACUCACCGACCAGGAGCUGGACGAGUACCGGCGGGAGGUGGAGCAGAAACAGAAAGGAGGUGAAGUGCAGAGCCGAGAUGUUUGUAGCGACCCACCGACCGGUCCAGAUCUGGAACCAGCGGGUCACGCCUCAGUCUCGCCUGCCAGCUCUGAGAAGCCCCGGCCUCCGGCUCCCACCCCGGCCUCUGAGCAGAGCUAUUCCCCUCAGGGCCUCUCUGGAGCGGCUCCAAGUGCCGCAGACUCGGCGGGGACGGUAGCCGAUGACGUUUUUUCAACUACAGACGAGUUCUUGCCGGCUCCAGAUUCUCCGCAGAAAGAGUUUCACAGUGCCGUGGUGCGAGCCCUCGGCAAGGAGCCGUCGGCGGUAGAGCCAGAUGCAGACCAACAAAUGGAGUGUGACGACGAGGCCAGCGCCCCAAAACCCACGUCCACGCCCCCUAGCACCCCCAUCAGAGCAGAGGAGGAGUCCUUGCCUGAACAGACCUAUAAGGAUGAAAGCGACGCUGCCACCCUGAGACAGACCCUUCCCGAUUUGACGCCCGACGACCCCUCCGACGCUCCAGCACUUCCUGUCGAAGACGCCGUCCCUGUCGUCGAAGACGCCGUCCCCGUCGUCGCUGACGCAGCCGAAGCCGAGGGGGAGGAGCCCGUGGAUGCUGGGGACCAGGAGGGGGACGAUUCUCCCAGCAAAUCACCCUCCAAAAAGAAAAAGAAGUUCCGCACUCCUUCCUUCCUAAAGAAAAACAAGAAAAAGACUGAAUCCUAGAUUGGAGAAUGUUGAAUCGAUGCUCAAAGCCGGCCUCUUCUUCUUUUAAUUUUUGCUUUUUGUCUUUUAUCGUUGCACCCUUCGAGCAAGCCACACUUACACACAGUUAAGUUUUUGUUUAGACAUUAUUUGCUGCUGGCUUAUUAACCUAUUUUCCUUGUUAGCGUGUGCCAAUUUUGUAUACAAUUUAAAAAUGAGUGCACAAAGGUUUUUAAUUAUUAGCAGAUUUUAGUUGUGAUUGAAGCGAUUCGUCUUGUCCACGCCACCUGGCCUUUUAUGCAUGUUUAUAACCACACACUGACACAAACACAUGAAAUGUGAGGCUGUAGAAUUUGAUCUUUUUUUCCUUCUCUUAUUUUGAAAGAACGUUGCUUAAACAUUGUAACCACUAGAAUGUAUUGGGACUGUAUCAAAAUAUGUCAGAAGUGUCUUUAAAAACAGGAACAAGCUUGUUUUAUUUUAUUUAACUGGUGGAGUUGGGCCGUGACCUCGUGUGAAUACAGUUUAGCAGACCAAGAAAAACUACAGUUGUGCAUUUCAAAAGGGUUUUUUUGCUCAUGAAAAAGGAGUCCAUUACACCAUAACUCAUUGCAUUCAACCUGAACCACCUCUGAUGUUUGACUUUUUAGUCUUCACUUAUCGCCUCCACAGGCUUUUGGUCUUCAUGUAAAAUUUGGUCACAUAUUUUUGCAAACAGAAUUCAUUAGAGGUAUCAGUCUGCAUCGCUGCAAAGCCAAGGGCAGCUUUGUCAGAGCCUUCGAUGUUAAGCGUGUGGUAGUUCACGAAGGUUUAGUCACGCCUCCUGUGUGAGCGAGCGCUGUGCUCGUGAUUAAGCUUCAUGCAGUGUAUUUGCCGCCGGCUGCAAGUCUUUAUGAAGGAAUGUGUGCAAUUGUUUUUCAUGUAAUUGUUUUGCUUUAUUUGCUUCUUUUACUUCUUCUUUGUCCAUUUGAAAAUCAUAAACCGGUAGUUAUGCUACAUAUUGUGUCAUACGUAUUUGAGUUUGUGUUGUUUUUUUUCCUGUCAACCCUUUUGCUUUUUUGUCAAAACAUAGGUUGAACCCUGAUUAUUUGGUGUGAGGGAUUGUAGCACCCUAUAAUGUAAUAAUUUCCUGAAAAUG